CCUCGUGUCCCCCCAGGUGAGAUCGCCAUCCGGGUGUUCCGGGCGUGCACGGAGCUGGGGAUCCGGACGGUGGCCGUGUACUCGGAGCAGGACACGGGGCAGAUGCAUCGCCAGAAGGCCGACGAGGCCUAUUUGGUGGGCAGGGGGCUGCCCCCCGUGCAGGCAUACCUGCACAUCCCCGACAUCAUCCGCGUGGCACAGGAGAACGGGGUCGAUGCCAUCCACCCCGGGUACGGGUUCCUGUCGGAGCGGGCCGACUUUGCCCAGGCCUGUGUGGACGCGGGGGUUCGGUUCGUGGGGCCCUCCCCCGACGUCGUGCGCAAGAUGGGGGACAAAGUGGAGGCUCGGGGCAUCGCCAUCGCUGCCGGGGUCCCGGUGGUCCCCGGGACGCCGUCCCCGGUGUCGUCGCUGGCCGAGGCUCAGGAAUUCGCCUCCCGGGUCGGGUUCCCCGUGAUCCUCAAGGCCGCCCACGGGGGCGGCGGCCGCGGGAUGAGGAUGGUCCGGGAGCCCCAGGAGCUGGAGGAGAACUUCUCCCGCGCCACCUCCGAGGCCUUGGCGGCUUUUGGGAACGGGGAACUGUUCGUGGAGAAGUUCAUCGAGAGGCCGCGGCACAUCGAGGUCCAGAUCCUGGGUGACUCCCACGGGAACGUGGUGCACCUGCACGAGCGGGAUUGCUCCAUCCAGCGGCGGCACCAGAAGGUGGUGGAGAUCGCCCCGGCCGCCCGGCUGCCCCCCGAGCUCCGCGCCCGCCUGGCCAACGACGCCGUGCGCCUGGCACAGCAGGUGGGCUACGAGAACGCGGGCACGGUGGAGUUCCUGGUGGACCAGAACGGGGACUAUUAUUUCAUCGAGGUCAACUCGAGGCUGCAGGUGGAGCACACGGUCACCGAGGAGAUCACCGACGUGGACCUGGUCCACGCCCAGCUCCAGGUGGCCGCGGGCCGGUCCCUGCCCGAGCUGGGGCUGGUGCAGGAGAACAUUCGGGUCAAUGGUUGUGCCAUCCAGUGCCGCGUCACCACCGAGGACCCCGCGCGCGGCUUCCAGCCCGACACGGGACGCAUCGAGGUGGGGACAGCGCGGGGACACCGCGGGGGGGCACUGGGACACU